AGGCAAUCUCAGAAGCACAUGUUUUGAAGUAAUUGUCUACAGUAAACUUAGCCAUACAUACUCAUAGGUAAAUGACUUCGUGGUGAACACUAUGCAAGACACAAUUUCUCAACCGAAGUGGAAUAACUAUAUGAGAAGGCCAAAAGAAUUAAUUGACAGACCUUUUUGCUUAUUAUUACUAAAGCUCUAAUUCAGGUUAAAGAUAACUAAUGGAUUUAUUCCUUUUCUAAAGUCAAUUACUAAACUCACUGCAAGUUGCAUUUAAUAGCAUCUCCUUCGGUUCAAAAACUCACCAGUGACAUCACUGUAGAGAUGCUUGUUCAGAAUGAGAGUGUAAAACAAAACAACAAUAAAGACGAUGAUCCCCAGCCGAUACGUGCCUCUGUUGAGAAGCAACAGUAUCCAAAAAAGAAGUCUGUCCGGAGCUCCAAACAUUCUCAUGCAUCUCGGGGUGGCGAUCGUCCUCGUCAGAAAUCACUGAAUACAAUGUUUUGUGGGUGUCUGGUAUCCGGAUCAGAAUGUGGUAAUACAAUGGAGCAUCCCCCACUUGAUAACAACCGACGACUUCUUCCUACCAGUGCUAUCCAGUCAAUGGAAUCUCUUAGCAUUUCAAAAAAUGCAGGUUCACAGUGUUUUCAGCCAUCCCAAGUAUCUAAUGACUCGGGUUCAAUUAGACUGCAACCAGUUGUUAACUUACCUUCUUGUGCUCUUAUAACAGAUGCUUUGCUUUCACAAACCAAACGGGCAAGUACAGUUAAGAUAAGUGCACCUUCCAAUGGAUUAAAGCACUCAGGUUGGCACAGUUUCAGAUUUAGUCGUAAAAAGGAGUCAAAUUUGUUCAAGACAAAACAACGUGAUUCCACGAUAAGGAUAUCCGUUACCAGGCCCUUAAAAAGUGAUAUUUCCCACCCUGAAGCAGAACAACAAUCAGAAACAGUCCAAUCCCUUGUGUUCUCACCAUUACCAAACCAAGCAGUACUGGAAACAGUAAAUUCUGGAGAGCAAAAAGCCGCGUUGCUUGGACCAAAAAGUGAAACAGACAAAAGCAAAAAGUGUUUUGUAAUUGACUUGGAUGAAACUUUGGUGCAUAGUUCAUUUAAAGUAAUCGAACAUGCUGAUUUUAAAGUAGGAGUUGAAAUAGAUGGAGUCACACACCGUGUGUAUGUUUUAAAGCGACCACAUGUUGACCUCUUCUUGUCGACCAUGGCCGAUCUAUAUGAAUGCGUACUGUUUACUGCUAGUUUAGCUAAGUAUGCUGAUCCAGUUGCAGACUUCAUUGAUAAAUGGCAUGCUUUCCGAUACCGCUUAUUUAGAGAAUCUUGUGUAUAUCAUCGAGGUAAUUAUGUAAAGGAUCUUAGUCACUUAGGCAGACCAAUCAACCAAGUUGUUAUUUUGGAUAAUUCACCAGCAUCCUAUAUGUUUCAUGCAAGUCAUGCAGUUCAGAUCUCAUCAUGGUUUGAUGACGCGAACGAUCGUGUUCUACUUGAUUUGAUUCCUUAUUUUGAAAAACUUGCAACACAACCUAAUGUGGUUGAUUUUCUAAAAAACAAUAUUCCUCCUACGCCUUAUGCUGCUAUCGGUACAAUUGGUCUACCUCCAGGACUUUUUACACAUGCAACAUUCCCGGCUACUACUUCUACUGGUAGUGGUAAAUCCCAUGACGCCAGUUCAAUAAUCUCAAAUAUAAGAUGUCCAAAUGUUUCUUCUCCACUACCUGUAUCCAUUGGAGAUAAUCACCCACAAGUUUCGAAAGAAUCAUCUACAACCUUGACUGUAUCAAUAUCUGCUGAGAACAAAACACAAUACCUAACUAGUACGGAUGCUGUUGCUGUAGUUACUAAAUUAGAUCCUACAGAAGUUAGUGAUCCUUCACUGAAUCCUGUAUUAAAAAAUAAUGAGAAAUCAAGUUUUUCAGCUCCUUUAUCCUUAACACCUUAUGUCCCUGUCACUUCAUCAUCUUCAAGUGUUUCAACAACAAAAACAUUAACUAACAAUUCUGUUCAAACAGUUGUAUCUGUUUCAAAUGUGUUCACAUCUGAUGAAAUUACACAACCUCAAACCUCUGCAUCUCCAGGAAUUUCAUCUUUGUCCUUAACAAAUAAAUUGGCUCACAUUCCAUCUACAAAAUACUCAGUUCAGAGUUUAUCCAUGGGACAUAAAACUUUAUUAGGUACAUACCAAAAGAAACAAAAUCCUUCAAAUAAACUAUUCGGUACUGUUUCAAAUUGUUUCAAACCUACCCCUCAUAUCCAAUCAAUUGAAAAUCAUCAUUCAUCAUCACCAAAUAAAUUAAUUACACCUAUUCCAUUGCCAAUUGUCACAUCUUCUACCUCUUCUGGUUCAUCGACAGUAAAUGUAACACAUUCAUCUACUAGUGAUUUUACUCCAAAAAUCAAUCAUUCUAUUAAGAAUCAAUAAUAUUGUAUUAUUACCACUGUAAUACGUUUUAUUUUUUGUUAAUCCUUGUGCCAAAAUAUGAAUAUCAAUUUUGUUAUUAAUUUAAUAAUCAUUAUAAUAGUACAUCAGAAUAACUCAAUUGAUAGUUUCAUAUUUUGAAAAUUAUUGUUUUCCCUAUGAGGCAAUUAAUUAAAAAAAGAAGAAGAUAUGGACAAGUGAAUUUACUAAUGCAUUAUGUGUAAUAAAAAUUAUAUGUUGCCAAUUCUUUCUGCUCAAUCAAAAAUAUUAAUAGUGUUUCUUCAAAUGCUUCUAGUUCUACUAAGAAUAUUUUAAUUCCUUUACUGUUUAUACAUGUAAAUUUACACAUCUAUAUUGUAUAUAUAUAUAUAUGCAAUGUUUUAUGUAUGUAUUCAUGUAUACAUGAAGAAAAACACAGUAAACAUGUUAUCAUUUCUCUUAUUUGUACUUCCGUCUAAAUUGAUUUCUUCAUUGAAGAAUAAGCUUCCAUAUAAAUCUAUUUGUUAGUAUAAUGUAAUGAAUAUGUAUAGUUAUUCUUUGCUUGUUUCGUGUUUUAUCCGACAUUUCACUUACAUUUUUCACACCAAUAAAAUAAUUAUUUGGAUAUUUGUUCAAAUC